GAGCCCCCCCCAACUCCUCCUCCUCCUCUCUCUCCUCUCUCUCUCCUCCGGCUGGCUCGCGGACGCGCGCGCGGACGGGCGCUCUCCCCCCACCCUUUCUGCAUUUCUCUCCAUUCGGACGGGCUGAACGAUGCGAUCGCUCGCAGCCAUCGCCGCCGCCGCCCAUUAGAGACCCCCAGAUUAGGGGGAGGGGAGAGGAAGGGGGGAGAAGGAAAAAAACACCCCUCAACCCGACAGUAGCCCACCGCCCGGGGAAAAGAGGAGAAAGAGAGGGAGAGAGAGAGAGAAGCAAAGCGAAGCAAAGCAAAGGCAAUCCGAAGGCAAGACAUUUCUGGCCGACCAAGGAGGGGCGGAAAAAAAAGCCAAAUCUGAGCCGUUUCUCUCGUUCUGCAAAGGCUGCCGGAGCCGGAGCGCAGCAGCCGGGCCAGCUCCGUCUCUAAGCCGGGGGCAGAAGAGGCGAGCGCUCGGCUUCCUCCUCCGACCCAUUCCUUCGACUCCUCCGGCGGGCGAGCCACCUCCCUUCUCCCAGCGCCCCCCACCCACCUGCCCACCCCCCCCUCCCGACCAGCUCCUGCAGCUCGGGCAAGCUCGGCUGGUUCCCUUUUGGAUGCCUUGAUUCGCCGGGGCGAGCGAGAGCAGGGCUGGGAAGCAGGGGGAGAAGGGAGAGGGGCCAGAGGGAGGGAGAGAGAGAGAGAGAGAGGGGACCCCCCCUCCUUGGCCUUUGGCGUCGCAAUCCGAGCUCUCCCCUCCCCGGGCCGGCUUUCCCCCCCUUUUGGAUCGUCCGUGAAAGGGUGGGGGGGGAGAAGCGAAGGAGAGCAGGGUCCGCCAGCCCGGCAGCCUUCCCGAGUUGGGGCCACCAUGGGAUGUACGCUGAGCGCCGAGGAAAGAGCCGCCUUGGAAAGGAGCAAAGCGAUCGAGAAGAACCUCAAGGAAGACGGCAUCAGCGCGGCCAAAGAUGUGAAAUUACUCCUGCUCGGGGCUGGGGAAUCCGGAAAAAGCACAAUUGUGAAGCAGAUGAAGAUCAUCCAUGAAGAUGGCUUUUCUGGAGAAGACGUGAAGCAGUACAAGCCUGUGAUCUAUAGCAACACUAUUCAAUCCUUGGCAGCUAUUGUCCGUGCCAUGGACACACUGGGCAUAGAAUACGGGGAUAAAGAAAGACGGGCUGAUGCCAAGAUGGUCUGUGAUGUCGUGAGUCGGAUGGAAGACACGGAGCCAUUCUCUCCUGAGCUGCUUUCGGCAAUGAUACGGCUCUGGUCCGAUUCUGGCCUCCAGGAGUGUUUCAACCGGUCCCGAGAAUAUCAGCUUAAUGACUCUGCUCAAUACUAUCUAGACUGCUUAGAUCGAAUUGGAGCUCCGGAUUAUCAGCCCACAGAGCAAGAUAUCCUGAGAACCAGGGUCAAAACAACCGGCAUUGUAGAAACCCAUUUCACAUUCAAAAACCUCCAUUUCAGACUGUUUGAUGUUGGUGGUCAGAGAUCGGAGCGUAAGAAGUGGAUCCACUGUUUUGAGGAUGUCACGGCAAUCAUUUUCUGUGUUGCACUGAGUGGGUAUGACCAGGUACUCCAUGAAGAUGAAACAACGAAUCGCAUGCACGAAUCACUGAAGCUGUUUGAUAGUAUCUGUAACAAUAAAUGGUUCACAGAUACCUCCAUCAUCCUGUUCCUCAAUAAGAAGGACAUCUUUGAAGAGAAGAUUAAGAAAUCCCCAUUAAUUAUCUGCUUUCCAGAUUACACAGGACCCAGCAAUUUUGUGGACGCAGUGACUUACAUCCAGACGCAGUACGAGAGCAAGAAUAAGUCAUUCAACAAGGAGAUAUACACACACAUCACCUGUGCCACAGACACCAACAACAUCCAGUUUGUUUUUGAUGCUGUAACUGAUGUCAUAAUUGCCAAUAAUUUGCGUGGAUGUGGACUAUAUUAAAACCCCUUCCUCCCCCCCCCACCUCUAGAAGAAUCUCAAUUCAUUGCGUUGUUUGAUUCGGUCUCCUUACUCUUCGUAUGUAGCCCUAAGACCCAUCAGUUUGUUUCCGAUGUAAGGGUCAGGGAGCAUGGGUUGUGCACUCCACUUUGGUGUCUUGUGGUGGGGGAAAAGAUCUUGCAAAUUGCUCUCUGUGCCCGCAUUCACUGAGUUUUUCUUCACCGCGUACACGUCAAGGGAUAAAAGAGCAAAUAAUCAGCUCUGGAAAUGCCCUGAAGAAAUUUUCAUAAAAAUUCCUGUUGCUGAUUCUGCAAAUUUUGCUCAAACUUGCCACUCUUAUUUCCAUUUUUCCAUAUCUCCUCCUCUGCCUUUAAAUUCUCUGAUUUCUUUUUUUUUUUCACAAAAAAAUUAAGACGAUAAAAAAAUAGAUAUUAUUAUUAUUAUUGUUGUUUUGGCUGAUUUUUUUUUAAAAAAAAUUCCAUUGUUUCUCACUCUCCCCCCCCCUCCAAUCUUUUCCCCUCCAUCCAACCUGGACUUUCACGUCUUCAAAUUUUACUGCUUUUCCAUUUCUGAAAUAGAUUUAAGCACCUGAAUGAUGAAUUUCAAGAGCAAGAAUUCCGUGUGUUGAUUUUGCCAUGCAAGCAAACCUACACAAUCCACACAUUCAAGGAGUAGGCAAUCAGUGGCCAAUUCUUAAAACUGAUAAAAGAGCAGCCAGUUUUAAUUCCCAGAAUCAGAGGUGUCUGCAGGAUUCAUUGUUUUCAUCAAAAUUACAAAAAACCCACUGCAGUGCAAGUUCCUUUCCUAUGUCUGUAUAAGGUCAUACCUGCACCCAAAAGGGGCGGAGAUUUUCCUGAGGUCACACCUGCAAACAAAAGGGGUGGAGCUUGUAACAGCGUUUUAAAACACAUCCUAUGGGUACCUCUGACAGGAUCCUGGGAGCUGAAUUGCACACAUUGGGAGUUCCUCAGCUUGGCAAAAACUGUAAAUAAGAUAUCCUGUGCAUUUAAACUAUUAGCAGUUAUGAACCCCUGGGCAGGAUCUGAAAGAGAACAAGAGUAUUAAGAAUGAGUUGAUAAACAAGCUCUUUUCCUGUAAUUAGUAUAUAUUUAAAGCUUUUUCCCCAUUUGUUCAGUGAUAGUUCCAACAGCUUUUUAAAAAAAAUGACGACUGGUCCUCACACUUACAACAGUUGCAGCAUUCCCAGGGUCAGGUGAUCAAACUUUGGAUGCUUUGCCAGCCAUCGUUUAUUGAUGAGUGUUGCAUCAUAAAGGCAGGGUACAAACCACUAAAUACGUAGGAUGGUCCACCACCGUGUCCAACAGAAUUCCUCCUUAUGGUCCAAGGCAGUGUUCCUGGCUCAUAGAUAGAUUCAUCAGGUAUCAUGAUGGUCAGAGUGAAGAAGAGACAGUGGAGAUGGGAAUCUGGUUGGAGAUGACAAAGCGUGUCAAAAGCGCCAGGUGAAUAGAGCAGAGGGCAAAUGACUGCAGGAAAUAAGGGAGUAAAUAGAUGAAGGAAAUACCAAGCAAGACAGAUAAUGAAGCUAAGCAUUAUGCAGAAGAUUCCUCAGUUUGAACAAAGGCAAGUAGAAAGUCCAAGGAAGUUGAUUUUGGAAUGGGAAAAGUAGCAAGAGACACAUUCAGAGGCCAGGAGGAAAUGUUUAGUAAUAGUAAUAGUAGUAAAGUUGGAAGGGACCUUGGAGUCAUCUAGUCCAACCCCCUGCUCAGGCAGGAAACCCUACACCAUUUCGGACAAAUGGCUGUCCAGUCUCUUCUUAAAAACUUCCAGUGUUGGAGCAUUGUUUGUAAAACCUACUUGGAUUAGGUUCUUCAGAGGUUGUGGGUGCUCCAUCACUGGAGAUUUUUAAAGAAGAGAUUGGAUAACCGUUUGUCUGAACUGGUUUUGGGUUUCCUGCCUGAGCAGGGGGCUGGAAUAGAAGACCUCCAAAGUCCCUUCCAAUUCUGUUUUUCUGUUAGUCUUUUAGAUGGUUAUGGCUUUUUGGCCACCCAGUAGGACUUUUUUGAAACCGUAGAAGAAUGUUAGUUUUGUAUGCAUCUGUGGAAGGUGGGUGGAUAAACUGAAUCAGAAAUAUCAGGUAGAAAAACAAAGAUCUUCUUAUUGUACCGGGCUCCAUUUCCUUAUAAUCCACCAUCCUCACCGUUAGCUCUGCUAAUUGGGGUUAUGGGAGAGAGGUUCAAGAGAUAUGCUGAAGGCAUCAGAUUGCCCUAGAGAAACAAGAUAAUAUAAAGUUGUUUCAGCUAAUGGAAUUCAGGGGAACGGAUGAGAGCAGAAAUCAUGAAGAGAUAAGAUCUGAGAUAUGAGCUUGACCUCAGGAAUCUGUUGUGGAUGUUCGGCAAGGUUUUUCUAGAAGUGUUCACUUUUUGAGUCCUCAACAAAGCCCUGUUAAAAUGUUACAGGUCAUCCUCGACUUACAACCACAAUUGAACUCAGAAUUGCUAUCUUGCUAAGCUAGAUAGUUAAGUUCUUUUUGCCCCAUUUGACCACCUUUCUUGCCGAAGUUGUUAAGGAAAUCAUUGCAGCUGUUAACUUGGUAACACAGCUGGUAAGUAAAUCUGGCUUCCCCAGUCCCCAUUCGCUUGUCAAAAGGUUACGAAAAGGGAUCACGUGACUCUGGGACACAGUGAUGGCCAUAAAUAUGAAGCUGUUGCCAAGCGUCUGAAUUUUGAUCACGUGAUCGCAUGACUGGAGAUUGACCUUGAGACAGUAUAGGUUCUCUGGUUGAGCAGGAGGCUGGACUAGAAGACCUCCAAGGUCCCUUCCAGCUCUAUUCUAUUCUAUUCUAUUCUAUUCUAUUCUAUUCUAUUCUACUCUACUCUACUCUACUCUACUCUACUCUACUCUACUCUACUCUUCCAUAUUCUAUUCUAUUCUGUUCUGUUCUGUUCUGUUCUAAAAAAGUAAAUAAGAAAAGAUGGGGACUGAAGUAGAGGAAAAGAGAAGGAAACGCAUUCAGAAAUGGCAAAAACAGGCUUCAGCUGGAGCGGAGUUGAAUUUAAAUGCUGUCUUGUUGGAAAUCUAAAUCUGAAACUAAGUCUUAAAUUCAGAAUUUAGAAUAACAACUUCUCCUUUUAUUCAAUUAAAACUGGGGUUCUGAUGGGGUUGAGCUAGGCAUUUGAUAGCCGGUUGUUGUGGCACCGGAUGAGAAGGGGUGUUUUGUUUUUAUUCUGUUUUUGAGCCACUAUGGGAGAUGGGCGGCAAUAUACGUUCUUUAAACACUUAAAUAAAUAGAAAUAAAAUAAAAACUUGGUUGGGAACUUACAAUUACUGCAACUGAACGUGAACAAUGGAAUCGGCGUGUUAUUGGAACAUGUAUCUGGGUAUCAGGGGCUUAACUGUUGAAGAGCAGGGCUGAACUUAUGGGUUUCAUGUUUAAUUUUAUUUCUUUAUUUCUUUUUUUCUAACUUAAUCCAAAAUAUACAAUGGACUAAGCAUUCGUGUAAAUCGACUGUCAUAUUUGGAAGCUGAAUGGAAAACAUUGCCUAACUAGUCGUAUAGCCGGCUAAUAUUUUGAUAAUGUUCCUAUCAAAUAUUUUCAGAGCUGUAAAGAAAUCUGUUCGUUUGCUUGUGCUUUGAUGCAAAUUCACAUCUGAUACUUCCCUGAAUGAAGACCCAAAUUGAAAGAUUUGGAAUUCAAUUGUAUCUCUAGGGCGGUGUUUCUCAAAGAGCUGUGGUGGUGCAGUGGUUAGAUUGCAGUAUUGCAGGCUAAUUCUGCCGACUGCCAGCAAUUCGAUUCUCACCAGCUCAAGAUUGACUCAGCCUUCCAUCCUUCCGAGGUUGGUAAAAUAAGGACCCAGAUUGUUGGGGACAAAAGGCUGGCUCCAUAAACUGCUCAGAGAGCAGUUAGCUGCCAGUCCCCUGAUCUUAACAAAUGUCUCACUUAGCAAAAGAAAUGUUGUACUGAAAUCCGUGCCAAAAUAUAAGGGGAUGGAAAUGCUUGUUCUGGACUCGACUCUGUGAAUGUGGACAAACGUGUUUGCCAUAAAAAGUGUGAAACAGCUAUUGUAGAAAUGCAUCAUUGAUACCCCUACUACACGUAUGUACCCCUGCUUGACUUCGGCAGCCCUACAACUUUGAAUUCUGAUGGUUAGGUGAGAUGUGAGCUUUAUAAUGUGGUUUUAGGUGAGGUUGUGAAGUUUUGAGAGCUGUUGUGGUGAGGUGAGCUGCAGUGUUGCAGUAACUGAUCAACGUAACCAUCUUACAUUGCCUUCAGAUCCCCCCAAUGUCUUAAUGGUGGUGGUAUUUGAGGUCCAUUAGAAUUGUUCAUUGUCCCAUGUUGAAAAGGGGGCAAUGCUGUUUGUGCUGUAAUAUCAUCAGCUCGCCUCGUGACUCAACCGACCUGAAUUGCAUACUGACAUCACUGGAUGAUGUCAUGGUGCGCCUGUCAUUUUGGUAACACUGUGGCUUGUAACAAAUACCCAUGACACCAGACUGAACCUCAAAGCCGUAAAUUGCUGGUUUUUUUUUAUCUAGGCACUGCGGAGAAGUGCUGUCUGGAAGAUGUUUUGUGUUAACGGUUAAAAGCUUACUAAGUAACUCAACGCUCGCGGCAGAUAAUGUAUCCUGCAAUCCUAUUUAAUAAUGAUUGUCCAAAGAGGGAGUUUUGCUAAAAAGGUUUGAACUUUCCAAAAGAGAUUUUACUCUCUGUGUCUGUAUAACAUGUUGUA